UUGGGGUGUAAAAAGGUAUAAUCUCAAAUUUCAAAUUUUAUUAUAUACUAUUCGUUACCCCAUUACUACGUCUUAUUGUAUAGCAGAAAGAGCAUCCAUCAUUGACGGCACCAUGGAAGACAUUACAAAGCAAAUCAAGAGUCUGGCUUCGGGUGCGGACGAGACUCAACGCAAGGCCAUCCUUGUCGCGUUGCGUGAGGUUUCUGAUUCUAUUGAGACUCCCCCAGAAACCAUACAACGACUGGUGUACUUGGUGAGUUUCCGUUGGAAGUCGACUCGCGUAGGAACCUACUAGCAAGUAAUCUUGAAUUAACAACUUCUUCUAGGCAUUGCCACUCACCGCAAUACGAAUUGGAAUUGAUCUAGACAUUUUCCAAACUUUGGUGAAAGAAAAAACCCCAGUGUCUGUGAGCGACUUAUGCGCUAAGACUGGGGCGGCACCAAUCCUCCUAGGUAACUAUUCCAGUAUCCGGUUAAGUUCUAGAGAUCCAAAUCUAACUCUUUGACCUUUUUAUAGCCCGUAUCCUUCGCUACUUAGCUUCAGUAGGAAUUAUCAAGGAAACAGGGAAGGACCUUUUCACAUCGAACAACAUCACCGAGGCCGUUGCCCUUCCCGGGUCGCAAGGAGCUCUUUACAAUUAGUAAGUGCAACCAGUCGUAGUUGCCUCAUAUUUUACCAGAAUCUGAUAAAUUAUCUAGCUUCUACACCACUUAUCCGGUGUGGUCAGUUCUGCCGGAUUUCCUCAAGGAACACAAAUACCAGGAUGUGGAGGAAAACACUAAUACCGCGCUGCAAAAGGCACACAAGACAGAGCUGCCAUUCUUCUCCUGGAUGCUGACUAAGCCUACAACACUGGCACACUUUAACCAGUACAUGUCUGUCCACCACACUGGCAAACGCUCAUGGCUUGAAGUUUAUCCACUGGAAGAUAAGAUUGAAGGGCUUGAGCCUGAGCAAGUGUUCUUUGUGGAUGUUGGUGGUGGAAUUGGGACUCAGUCCAUUGCUCUGCGCAAGAAGUACCCUGAUCCAAAGAUCAGAAUCGUUUUGGAAGAUACGCCAGAAACCGUUGCACAAGCCGUUGCAUACCCGGAUGUUCAGAUUCUAGCACAAGAUCUCUUCGAUCCUCAGGCCAUCAUUGGUGAGCAACUUCCUUUCUAUUUCCUUUGCGAGGAAUUGAAUACUAAUCGACGACUUGUACCUUAGGCGCACGCAUCUAUUAUAUGCGUAACAUCCUCCACGACUUCCCCGACGAAAAAUGCGUCACGAUUCUGAAGAAUACCGUAGCUGCUCUAGCUCCCAACUCCGUUAUUCUCAUCGAUGAGAUGGUCAUUCCUGACACUGGUGCUCAUUUCCGUGCCACUCAGCAGGAUAUGAUUGUGAUGGCCACAUUUGCAGCUGUGGAGCGAACCCAGGAGCAAUGGCGCAAUUUGGCUGAGGCGGCAGGACUGAAGGUCACCACAACACGCCUUUACGAUGGCAAUGUAGACGACAGUGUUAUUGAAAUGGUGAAAGUGUGA